AUGACCCGACCACCACCAUUCUCGCGAGCAAACUCGUCACCGACGUUUCCCGCCUCUGUCUCGCCCCUUCCAGCCGACUCACGAGAACCGAAGACGCUCCAUGCCACCGUCUUGCACCAGCUUCCGCUCCCGCAUCUCGUCUUCGACUCGUUCCUCCGCCUCCACGCCCUCAACGAUGCUGCUCGCCAGGUCUUUGGCGUCACUUCCGGGCACGGCGGACCUCAGCCUGGAGGAGAGGCGUUUCCACCCGGCGGAGCAGACGUCUUCUUCUGCGUGACGCCCGAGAUGCAGACGGGCGGCGGAUCUGCGGCUGACAAGAUCAGACGGGAGCUUGAUCGACUUGCCAAGCAUCAGGAGGGGUCGUUCGGGGUGAGCGAGUGGGCGUGGUCGGAGGGAGACAAGGUGGAGCUGAAGAGCGGGCGCGUACCUGGCUUGCGUUGGACCGCGGAGGCCAAGGUUACGCACUUUGUCCCGCCCGAAGUCUCGAAUGACUCGGUGGCGGAGAUCUCGCUCGAGACGGUGCGGCGGUCAUCCUACAUCGGCUCGACGCCUGACGACGAGGAGGCGCUGCCCGACUGGAUCAGCAAGGGACGGAGGGACACGGUCGUGCCGUCUCGAAUGACGACGAGGGCGCCGUGGUACUCGGUUCUCCUGCUUCGACCCUGGCGAGAACCGCAACACCUCGGUCCGUCUCCCGACAAAGUCUUGCACCACCGUCGCUCCUUCUCCCUCGACACCCCUCUCGCCACCCAGGUUCCCUCUUUCGCGCCUUCGUACGUCCCCAUCGACCGCAGUUCCGAGAUGGUCGCUCCUCCGCCUUCUGCCCCAUCGCGAAGAGCAUCUCUCGCUCCAUCCGACCAAACACCUACGCUCGGCUCGGUCCUUGCUUUUCAGAAUCCGUUCAGCCAGUCGACUCUUGCGCAGAGGCGAGGAUCGAACGCUUCGUUGGCGGCGUCUCGAGCUGCUGCGGCGGGCGAAUCGGACGCGGCAAAGGCUGGUGCAGCUACAAGCGGUGCAGCCCUACCAGGAGGCAUGGCGGCCCUCCGGCUGUCCGAGAACACGCUCGCCGAGGCGCAGGCCAUCUCGCCUGGUACUGCGGCAAAGUCGACAGCUGUCGGUAGCGGAGGCACCAUCUCGUCGAGUGGGUCUGCCGGUAGCACUGGCGCGACGUCCCUUCUGUCGACCGCGACCGCAACGACGGCCGGAACGUCGCCCCCCUCGCGUCGGGGCAGCGGAGCAUCGAUGUCGGCGCCCAAGGUCAUUCCCGAAGCUCUGCGAGGGAUGGGCAUCUCCGUCUCGAGCGCCGGCAUCCAGCUCAGCCAGUCGACUCCAAUUGAGAAGCCGCGCUCGGCGCGAGCCUCGAUGCUGUCGAGUGCACCGCUUGAGCUCGACGAGUCUGCCACUACGCCUACAUCGGUCCAACCGCUCGACGGGUCCACCCCGACUCUCGACCGACCUGCACCAAUGUCGCUCCAUCUCCCGCCGCACAAGCACGCAUCCCACCCACUCGCCUACUCCAUCAACCUUUCUCCCGCGAGCUCGUCCUCGACCCCUUCCAGCAUCGCCAGCAGCGUCCCGCCUCCUCUCCCUUCACCUCGUCCGACCUCGCUUCCGCCUCUUCCGGUGAAGCCGCCAACUGUCGCGCCCGACAUGCCCGCUUUGCUCAAGUUUGCCGCGAUCGCCAACCUCCCCAAUACCGGCGUCAUCAUCGCGAAUACCGAGCUCUCCAGCGGCUAUGUCAACGCAACGGCUCGUGAGCUUUUGAUGGGCGUGCCGGCGUCUGACGGCAUCGCGACCGAUUCUCCGAGUCGAGAUGCGAACGGUGUCAAGGAAGAGUGGUGGGAGCUGGGACACUGGUCGGUGGAGGACGAGCCGUGGUCGUCCGUCUCGAACGGGACGCAGGUAUCGAGCGCCUCGCAACCUUUCUUCUCGCCUUCCGCCGAGCUCCGCGCCAACCCACUCGACGCAAACGACCUCACCUUCAAAAGCAUCAUCCGUUCGGGCGAGGCGGUCAGCGUCGAGCGAGGGAAGGGCACGGCAGGAUCCGGCUUGCGCAUUGGUCAGCCGGGAGAGACCUCCAGGCUCCGCACGACUCUCGCCGGUAUCCUCGCGCGAAGUCUCGUGUCGGACGAGCGGAAGAAGGCGGCGCUCGGCAAGGCUGGUGCGUCGACGGGCGGCAAGUCGAACGUGAUCCGCAGCUUUGCCCCCUCGCCGUCAGGCGUGCGAAGUCCCGGGGUCGAAUCCAACGCCAGCAGCAACGGCUCGGGCUCGACGGCGUCCGGCCAUCCUCCGCAGUUCAUUGCCGCCGGCGGUGUCGGAGCGCAGGGCAAGAAGCCGUACAAGGUGUUCGAUCCCGCCUUCGGUCAGCGCAUGAUCGAUCCGUUCGAGCCCUUACUCGAGAUGACCGCCAGGCGCGGGCAGAUGCCGCCUUCAGUCAACCUCGACGAUUCUGACGAAGAGGAAGACGGCAGUUCGGCGUCGAACGGCAUGAUCGUGGGCGUCGAAGUCGAGGUCUGGGAAGCGGACCCGGCGUCAGCUCUCCGACAGAACUCGUUCGUCGCGGCGGAGCCAGAACUCGUUGCACAGCGCAAGAAGCGUAUACGGCGUCGGAUCCUCGAGGUCACUGCCUCGCCCAUCUUUGCGCCUCGCAACGACGGAUCCAAGCACCAUCUCGGAGGCGUACUGCUCGUCCGCGACGUCACGGACGACCGGAAGCGAUGGGAGUCGCGCGGCGAGCUGUCGAGCAAGAAGAAGAAGGGGAAGGAGGGCUACUUCAAGCAGAUCCUCGACAACCUGCCGCAGCUCAUCUGGACAACGAGCAAGCUUGGCUCGCACACCUACUACAACAAGGUCUGGUAUGACUACACCGGACUCGAGCCCGAACAGUCGCUCGGCCUGGGCUGGCAGUCGCCCUUUCAUCCCGACGACAUGCCCGGUACACUCAAGGCGUGGAGUCACUCGCUCGAGACGGGCGAGCCUUACGCCGUCGAGUACCGCUGCCGCCGCUACGAUGGCGAGUGGCGAUGGAUGCUCGGGCGCGCCCUGCCGUACCGCGACGCCGACGGAGCCAUCCAAGGCUGGUUCGGCACCUGCACCGACUUUGACGAGCUCUACCACAUGCGCGAGAAGUUGCGCAGCACAAUCCAGCAAAACGACGCCGUCGUCCAGGGAGCCGGUUGUCUGCUCAUCGCCAUCGACACGCAGUACCGGGUCACUUUCUUCGAGGGUGCGCACAGGGACGGCGUGUUGGCCGAAGCGCAGGUCGUUGGUCGCGUUGAGGGUCAAGACUACCGCGUGCUCGCGCCCGUGCCGGAACUGCUCGCCGGCGUCGAGAAGGUCAUCCAAGGCGAAGAGUCGAGUUUGCAGGUCGAAUGGCAGCAGCGGCAACGCUCCUAUCGGUGCCUCCUCACGCCUCUCACCGAGCAUCGCGACGGCACGACCCGCAUCAACGGCUGCAUCAUCGUCGCCCACGACAUUACCGACCUUGUCUCGACUCAAGCUCGCCUGCAGCAGUCUUACGAGGAGCGGGCACGUCUUCAAGUCGCCGAGACCGCCGCGACCGAGGCAAGUCGGCUCAAGAGCGAGUUCCUCGCGCUGACGAGCCACGAGUUGCGGACACCAAUCGCACACAUGCUUGGCCUGUCGGAGCUGCUCCUCGCCGAAGACUUGACCGACUCGCAGAAGAACCUCGCCUCGCAAAUCUUGCGAAGCGGAGACGUGCUCCUUGAGAUGAUCGGUCAAGUCCUGGACAUGGGCAAGGUCGAGGCCGGCAAGCUUGAUCUCGAGGUGCGGCCGUUCAGCCUGAACGACCUUUCUUCCGACGCCCGCCUCUUCGCGACAGCCGCAAGCAAGAAGGGCCUCGACUUCGUCGAAGAUGUCGACGACUUCAAGGUCCCAGUCCAAGGCGACAUGCCGCGACUCCGCCAGGUCCUCACGAAUCUCCUCUCGAACGCGAUCAAGUUCACCAGAUCAGGCUCCGUCACGCUGCGAGUGAAGCGAGUCAAGGAGGACGCGGAGAGUGUCGCGGUUCGUUGGCAGGUUCAGGACACCGGCAUCGGCGUGAAGAAGGAGGCCAUCGGCAGUCUCUUCAAGCCCUUUCACCAAGCGGACGUUUCCACUUCUCGCCAGUUCGGCGGCACAGGUCUCGGGCUCUCCAUCUCGAAGAACCUCAUCGAGCUCAUGGGCGGCUCCAUCCGCCUCGAGUCCGAGUACGGCGUCGGCACGACCAUGACUGUCGACCUCAAGCUGCCCAAGGUUCCCGAGCUGCUCGUCGACCAAGCCGCCGCCACGCUCGCCAGCGAGGAGGACAUCCGGCGUGACGACAUCUGGGUCCUCGUUGUUGACGACAACAAGCUGAACCGCGACAUCAUUACGCGACUACUUAUCAAGAUGGGCUUCAACGUCGACAGCGUCUCCAGCGGAUACGAGGCGCUCGAGCACGUCGAGAAGAAGGCGUACGACGUCGUUCUGAUGGACCACCAGAUGGACGGCUUGGACGGCCUCGAGACGACUGUCCGCAUCCGCAAGUCUGCGAACCCGCAAGUGGCCGAUCUCAAGGUCAUCGCCCUAACCGCAUCGGCUCUCAAGGGUGAUCAGGAGAAGUUCCUUGCGAGCGGAGCCGACGGCUACUUGUCAAAGCCCGUACGGUCCGCCGUCCUUCGAUCGACAAUCCUCCGCACGCUGCAGACGCCGCAUCCGCCCAACUUGGCUGCCGCCGUUUCCGCCGUCGACGGCGCCGCCAAGAUCGUCUCCGCAUCGCGCCUUAGCGAGGUGACGCCCAGCGUUUCAUCUAAAGACGCGAAGGUGAAUGGCGAAUCGCAAGCCGGACUCGACGACUCCGUUCCGCCCGUUCGCCGUCGUCCAAGCCACCCAUCGUACGGCGAUGGCUCGGAGUGA